AGGGGCAGACUCUCCCUCGCUUCAGGAGACGCCACUUCCAGGCACAGCCAGAAACAGAAGCAGCCUCCUACCCAUGCACUCCCCGCGAAUGGCCCACUCGGGCCCUCGGAAGAAGAGACCCAGGCAGAUGGGUACUCAGAUGGCUUCCCCUCCUCAGGACAUCAAGUUCCGAGAUUUGGUCCUCUUCAUCUUGGAGAAGAAAAUGGGAAGCACCCGCAGGGCCUUCCUCAUGGAGCUGGCUCGAAGGAAAGGAUUCAGGGUUGAGAAUGAGCUCAGUGAUUCCGUCACCCACAUUGUGGCAGAAAACAACUCUGGUUCCGAUGUCCUGCAGUGGCUUCAGGUACAGAACAGAAGAGCCAGCUCGCAGCUGGAACUCCUCGACGUCUCCUGGCUGAUAGAGUGUAUGAGGGCAGGAGAACCAGUGGAGAUGACGGGGAGACACCAGCUUGUCGUGAGAAGAGACCCUGCAGGUAGCCCCAGCCCAGAGCCCCAGAAGACUCCACCACCUGCUGUAACAGAGAUCUCGCCAUAUGCGUGUCAGAGAAGAACCACUUUAAACAACUGCAACCACAUAUUCACGGAUGCCUUUGAGGUACUGGCUGAAAAUUGUGAGUUUAGAGAAAAUGACGGCUCCUGUCUGGCAUUCAUGAGAGCUGCUUCUGUUCUGAAGUCGCUGCCAUUCACCAUAAUCAGUAUGAAGGACACAGAAGGAAUUCCCUGCUUGGGGGACAAAGUGAAGAGUAUCAUAGAGGAAAUCAUUGAAGACGGAGAGAGCUCGGAAGUCAAAGCUGUGUUGAACGAUGAGCGGUAUCGGUCCUUCAAACUCUUCACUUCUGUAUUCGGAGUGGGACUGAAGACAUCCGAGAAAUGGUUCAGGAUGGGUUUCAGAACCCUGAGUAAAGUAAGGUCGGACCAAACCCUGAAAUUCACACAGAUGCAGAAAGCAGGAUUCCUCUAUUAUGAAGACCUUGUCAGCUGUGUGACCAAGGCUGAAGCAGAGGCUGUGGGCGUGCUAGUUAAAGAGGCCGUCUGGGCAUUUCUUCCGGAUGCCUUCGUCACCAUGACAGGAGGGUUCCGGAGGGGCAAGAAGAUGGGGCAUGAUGUAGAUUUUUUAAUUACCAGUCCAGGAUCAACAGAGGAAGAGGAACAACAACUUUUACCUAAAGUGAUAAAUUUAUGGGAAAGGAAGGGAUUGCUUUUAUACUAUGACCUUGUGGAGUCGACCUUUGAAAAGCUCAAGUUGCCUAGCAGGAAGGUGGAUGCUUUAGAUCAUUUCCAAAAAUGCUUUCUGAUUUUAAAAUUGCACCACGAGAGAGUAGAUAGUGGCAAGUCCAGCCAGCAGGAAGGAAAGACCUGGAAGGCCAUCCGUGUGGACCUGGUCAUGUGCCCCUAUGAGUGUCGUGCCUUCGCCCUGCUGGGCUGGACAGGCUCCCGGCAAUUUGAGAGAGACCUCCGGCGCUAUGCCACCCAUGAGCGGAAGAUGAUGCUAGAUAACCAUGCUCUGUAUGACAAGACCAAGAGGAUAUUUCUCAAAGCAGAAAGUGAAGAAGAAAUUUUUGCGCACCUGGGACUGGAGUACAUUGAUCCAUGGGAAAGAAAUGCCUAG